UCUGUAAAGAAAUAAAAGCAUCAAAGAAGAAGAAGAAGAGACAACAAUGGCGGCGACCAGACAACAAAAUGCAAAGAGUGGGUUUACCCCAGAUGUUGAUCUGUUAUUGCAUCCAGAGCUUCUGUCUCAUGACUUUUUGAUUCAAAUUUUAACUGAGAGAAGUGUCAGUACCAGAGGCUGUGGGAGUAGGGACCAGCUGACUGAGCUGUACCUCCGACAUGUCAUCCCGCUGCCGCAGCGGACUUUACCCAACAACCGCUGGGGUCGGAGGGUGGAGAAGUGCGGAGGGAGGCAGACACCGGCUGGACUCAGCUCCAGUAAUGACCAGCAUAGGAAAAGGCCUUUGAUUGUGUUUGAUGGGAGUUCUUCUCACUCUGGAUCACUAAAAGUAAAGAAACCAGAUGGAACAACAGCGUCACCUGCCACCGACAGGUUAAAACCUCCUCCAGCUGCAAACCUGUCCAACUCCAUCCGUAAGCUCACCUCAACCUCUUCUUCCUCAUCUACGCACCGUGGUACGGACACCUCCAACCUCAAGCGGGAAGCAAACACCGUGAGUUCACUAAAAUCUCCAGAAACGAAGAAAAAGAUCCAGCACGUCACGUGGCCCUGACCUCUGAACCAGAUAACCGCUCCAGUUCUUGUUCCUGAUGUGUCAUCACCACUUUACUAUUCACCAAUCUCAGUUUUUUAACUUAUUUUCAGAAACCCUUUCAUCUCAUUGUUCUUGUUCAUUAAAGAGAGCUUGCAGUGGUGCUCAGGAGAUCCACCAGCUCGUUUAAGUCAAGAACUCCCUUGUUGCUUCCCUAAACCUCAAGUGCUCUUGUUGUUUAUAUUGUCAGCACUUCUGAGUGAACUAAAUAUCGAAGAUGACUAUGUUUCCAAAUUUUACCUCUUGGUUUUAUUUAUUUGAUGAGUCUGUUUUGAUCUUAGUUAUUUUGAAGGGACCACUGUGGAAUGCCCACAAGGCCUCGUGGAGGUGUUAUAAUACACAUUGUUUUGAUCAUAACUUGGUUAAAUUUGUGUAAAUGCUUCCACUCUGAAACCAGUGGAUAUUUGUUGUUGUUGUCCAGUCCACAAAUGAUCAGGAUUUUAUUCAGUGUUGUUAAUUGAACUUAUCAGAGUGCUGAGGCAUGUCCAUAAGGGCCGUAGCAACUGCACUGCAAACAGAUAAAAAAUGGCUGCCUAAAGAAGCUGUGCAACAGGCUAAGUUGGCACCCCAGCAGGUUGAGUUUGUCUGUCUUGUCCAAUAUGGAUGAGAAUAGCUGAUUUGUCUGGACAGACCCUUGUAGAUUUAGCAACUCCACCAGAACAAUGAAAGCUAGUGGUUAGCAGUCUGGCACCGGGAAGAAGCUGUAAGAUGUGCAAAGGGGAAGUCCUCUUUCUGCUGAGGUCAGUGGAUGAAAUUAUAGAAGGAGAAAAAAAGAUCAUCUGGGAAACAAAUGCCAGUAAGGUGAGCUGUUUUUGGGUAGAGGCUACGUUACACGGAGCUUAAAGUGAGGGUCAAGGCCUGGGUGGAGACGUAUUUCAUCCACACUUCCUGUUAGAAAAACGCUUCUGAAGGAGGCGUCUCCUGGCGGACCGAGAGAUCGGCACUGAGGUAGUGAUAGACACAAACCCCCCCCCCCCCGUUUGCUGUCGGAGUUUCUCAAUCUAAGCAGGGCUGAUAGGCACUCACUCACACAAGACUUACCCCUCAGGAGAAAAGCAGACACAGAUUCUGCAGCAUUCUGGUGGAUUUCCUGUUAAACGCGAUCAUUAGAUGAAAAGGGGAGGAGGUCAUUAUUUUCAAGGAGGUGAGCGGCUCAGAGAGCCAGCGUGUCAUAUCGGCAGGUGAGUGGCUGAGCCAGGUGGAGGUGCGGCUGCCUCACCUGGAGACCAGUGCGGUGCAGCCACGUAGUUAUUUGCUGACAACGUCACGUUUUUCAGCUUGGCCAUCAGCCGCAGCUGGUUCUACAUAAAUGUGGAGCAGAGUUUUUAACCUGAAGAUGGAGGUAUAAUUACGGUUUUGGGCUGAAAUAUUAAAUUUAGGGUAAGUUGCACUUAACUGCCACACUAAUGAUUACACAUGUGUACGGCACCAUUAGACACUCAUCGAUACAGGUUAUCAGCAAAAAACAGUUAAUUUAGGCGUUACUUGCUCUUUAAGGUGGAGGCAGAACAGCAAGACUAGAAAACAAGUGGAUCAGUGGAGCUUGAUUGUCAUGGUUUUAUUGCGUCAUCCAUCACUGCAUCCAAGCCCUCUUAUCACAGAGACAUAAGGAACUGCAGAUUGCUGCAGUCAGUGGAUAUGGACGAGAGCUGGGCUUCAGGAAGAUAGGCCUAUUUUGAGCAAAAUGCUGACACACUUGGUGAUGCUGAAGUACACAACUGAUGUGUGUCUGACUUGGGGUAAUCCUUAAUUGUGUAAAAGGCCCCUAAAAAACUGAAUAAAUGCCGGCUUCUGUGCUUUAACUUUCACGAAACAUUCAAGUUUUUUUCAUUCUAACUUUGAUGUGAUGAACAUGUAACAAAUAACACGUAGUUCAAUAUUUACAGACGGAUCACAGCCCUCUGUUAAAUACGCAGGAUGUGGGAAAACUAUUUUUAAGUAGUGAAUACAGAUGAAGACAAAAUGGACUAAUUCAGUGUAAAUUAUAUUAAAAACAGUCACAUGAAUGUGUGUUUUGAACCUGUAGUUUGUACCUGCAGUUAUUUUUUAAAUAAAUUCCCAGUGAAGUGAA